AUGGCUGAUGUGUAUUCACCUGAUAUUCUGAUAUUCUUAAAGAUAUUCAUAAAUUUAGAAAAAUUGUUAGGAUAUUUAUCUAUACCAUUGAAAAAUUUCUCUUUUCGUCCGCUUAUUUGCUAUUAUGACGACUCGUUUUUAGCAGCUGAUUUAACUGUUAAACAGGAAAAUCAACAUUCCAAAUUUGGAAUACAGGACGUUAAUAAAAUACUAUAA